GCAGCGGUUUUCAAGCGUCGAGGCUAACAUUUCAUUAUUAUUAUAAUUUUUUUUCAUUCUACUCUGUUUCGACAACCAAACCUGUUAUUUUGGGAGGAGUCGUUUAGCGAAACUACUGUUCGUCUAGUUGGAACCCGUAAAAAGAGCGAGGUGCACUUCCGGGUUGACUUUUUUUUUUUUUGACACAUCCACUAAAAGUAAAUUCCACCGAGCUAAACUCUGAAUAAUGGCCGAAGGGCUUCUUAGCUUGUGCUUGCUCGUCGUCGUCUUCCCCGCCGUGUUGGCGUCCCGGCAGCCGCACAUUGUGGUCAUACUGGCGGACGACUUCGGCUGGUACGAUGUGGGCUACCACGGCGCGGAAAUCAAAACACCGAACCUGGACAAGCUGUCCGCCGCAGGAGUCCGCCUGGAGAACUACUAUGUCCAGCCUAUAUGCACCCCGUCCAGGAACCAGCUGAUGACGGGAAGGUACCAGAUACACACGGGCAUGCAGCACGGCCUCAUCUGGCCGUGUCAGCCGUACUGCGUUCCCCUGGACGAGAAGCUGCUGCCUCAGCUGCUGAAGGAGGCGGGCUACGCCACGCACAUGGUGGGCAAGUGGCACCUGGGCAUGUACAAGAAGGACUGCCUGCCCACCCGCCGGGGGUUCGACUCCUACUUUGGCUACCUGACUGGCAGCGAGGAUUACUACACCCACGUGCGCUGCAACCACGUCCCCGCUGCCGACCUGACCCGCUGUGCCUUGGACCUGAGGGAACAAGAGGAGGUGGCGGCGGGCUACAAAGGCCAAUACUCAACUGAGCUGUUCGGCGAGAGGGCGACUCGGAUCAUCGCCAAACACGACCCCGAGAAGCCUCUCUUCCUCUACGUGGCGCUGCAAGCCGUCCACGGCCCCCUGCAGGUGCCCGAGCGCUACGAGGAGCCCUACGCCUUCAUCAAAGACCCGCGUCGCAGGGCGUACGCCGGCAUGGUGUCGGCCAUGGACGAGGCGGUGGGCAACAUCAGCUCGGCGUUGCGGCAGGCGGGACUCUGGGGCAACACGGUCCUGGUCUUCUCCACAGAUAACGGCGGUCAGACGCUGAACGGUGGCAGCAACUGGCCGCUGCGAGGGCGCAAGGGCUCGCUGUGGGAAGGAGGAGUCCGGGGCGUGGGCUUCGUGUCCGGGCGGCUCCUGAAGCAGGCGGGGACCACCACCCGGGAGCUCAUCCACGUCUCCGAUUGGCUGCCCACGCUGGUGGGCCUGGCGGGCGGGAGCCUCAACGGCACCAAGCCUCUGGACGGAUUCGACGUGUGGAACGCAAUCAGCAAAGGCUCGGCCUCGCCCAGACUGGAACUGCUGCACAACAUCGACCCGUUGUACAGCGACAUCGCCCCCUGUCAUGGCUGGAACCCCGACUUGGCUUCGAGUCAGGGGGUCAGCGGGGACCUCUGGCAAUGGUCGGGCUUCAAUGUGUCCGUCCACGCCGCCAUUCGAUCGACCAAGUGGAAGCUGCUCACGGGAUACCCAGGCUGUGACUCUUGGUUCCCGCGGCCCGGCCACAAUGACUCCGACCCCCGCCUCUCCAAAGCUGUGGCUCCGCCCCCCUUGAAGCCCGUCAGGCUGUUCGACGUGGAGAGCGACCCCCAGGAGAGGAACGAGGUGUCGGACCGUUUCCCGGCGGUGGUGGAGUACCUCCUCAGCAGACUCCAUCACCACCAGCAGAGUGCCUUGCCCAUCAACUUCCCCGACGACGACAAGCGCUGUGACCCGGGCCCCACUGGAGCCUGGGGGCCCUGGGCCUAGCAGUCAGAUGAGUGGCAACUUUGAUAGGGUCUCCUUGCUGUGGAGGGGAGGGUGCACAAAAAAAUCAAUUCAUAUCCAUAAUGACAUUUAUAUUUGUCCCUAUUCUAAAUCCAUUCAUCAUUUUCAAAAAUGUAUUAAAAAAAAAAUUAUGAUAAUAAAAUUG